GUUGGCAAAGGCGAAAUUAGGAAGGUCCCGGUGCCGGCCAACAGGUACACUCCGUUAAAAGAGAACUGGAUGAAAAUAUUCACGCCUGUCGUGGAGCACUUGCAACUUCAGAUCAGGUUUAACUUGAAAACAAGAAACGUUGAAAUCAAGACUUGUCAAGAGACAAAGGAUCUGAGUGCUCUAACAAAAGCAGCUGAUUUUGUGAAAGCAUUUGUACUUGGGUUUCAAGUAGAGGAUGCUCUUGCUCUCAUCAGAUUAGAUGAUCUCUUCCUAGAAUCGUUUGAAGUUACAGAUGUCAAACCUUUGAAAGGAGAUCAUCUGUCAAGAGCAAUCGGGAGAAUAGCAGGGAAAGGCGGAAAAACAAAAUUCACUAUAGAAAAUGUAACCAGGACGCGAAUAGUUCUUGCUGAUGCGAAAAUUCAUAUUUUGGGAUCUUUUCAGAACAUUAAAAUGGCACGAACAGCAAUCUGCAAUUUAAUUUUAGGAAGUCCUCCCUCAAAAGUUUAUGGCAAUAUUCGGGCAGUGGCCAGCAGAGCAGCUGAACGAUUCUGAGCUG